AUGGCCCAAAAGGGCGAAGCGCCAGACGAAAAGAAGGACUUCAGCAGAGACUUCCAAGCAGAAAGGUUUCCAAGAGACUUCCCAAGCAUCAGAAAGCUUUCAAGACUCCAAGAGACUUCCAAGCUUCAAGAGACUUCUACAGAAAGACUUUCAAGAAGAGACUUCCAAGCUUCAAGAGACUUCUACAGAAAGACUUUCAAGACUCCAAGAGACUUUCAAGGAACAAGAGACUUCCACAGAAAGACUUCCAAGAGACUUCUACAGAACAGAAGACUUCCACAGAAAGCUUUAACAGCCUUCACAACCUUCAGAAGCUUCACAGCCUCCACAACCUUCACAGCCUUAUCAGCCUUCAACAGAAAAGCAGACCUUCCCCAAAUCGUUCCCAUGAUGACCCUCGUGCCGACCUACACGGGCUACAUCGGGUCCACCAGAGACGCCGUUCUCAUCAUCCAGGGCGUGCUUUCCAAAGAGUUCGCCUGUGUCCACCGCAGACCCCACAGCAGAGAAAGAGCAGACCUCAUUCGCCUGGGCAACGUCUUCGUUUUCAUCGAGGAGCAGCUGGGCAUCAAGCGCUGGACAGACGGCAUUGCCUGGAGCCCUUCCCGAAUUCUAGGCCGUUUUCUUGUGUACCGUGAAUUGGACAAACUGCUCCACGACGACCGCAGAAAGAGAAAACGCAACCUGGAGCCGUCCAUGCUGCAGCGUUCUCUGGCGUCUGAUCUGCUGGACAGAGCCCCCACUUUACAGCAUUUCCAGCAGUUCCAGCAGCCAUUCGUCACGCUGCCGUUGCAGCACAAGGACCCCCACAUGACGGUGACCCGCCUGGACCACGGCCUCAUCAAAAAGACCUUGAGCGUUUCCACCGUGGUCAAGGAAAACGACAAGGAGCUGAGGCAGACCGUGCAUCUUAUUUCGUACUACCUGGCGUACGACGUGCUUCUGGGCCGCUUGGUCCGUCCGUCCCAGAGCAAUCUCCAGUACAUGCCUGUGAAUCCUGAUCUCUGGGCUGCCAUUCAAAAAUCGACUUUGGGUGGGAAAAUACCUAUUGAAGACGAGGCCCACUACUUCUUGGACGCCAACUACCAGCUCCAGAACAUGCUGGUGCUUUCCCAGCCCGAACGCAAGGUUUCUCCAGCGACAGACCCAAAACACUACUUCCAGCCGUACGCCCAGCCGGUCAACUACCUGCCUUUUCCGAAAGUGCCGCUUCCCAGCCCGUACUCCGAUGCUCCAGCCCGCCAUGUUAAGGAGGAGGAGCCUAUUGAGCAUAAAAUGCCUCCACACCCUGUUCCUCCCAUCCACAUGCCCCAGCAGGACCCGGUGCCUGAACAAAUGUACUACGGCGCCUAUUCCCACCAGAUGCCGCUUCAGUACUAUAACGGCCCGGGUCUUUUGAAUCCGACCGCUGGAGAACAGUACCAGAUGGCCAAUCCGCCAGGAACCCAGCCGUUGCCGCCGUACCAGCAGUUCUACAACCAGGGCUACCAGUAUGCGGUGCCGGAGCGGGUGCCGGCGAGAGAGGGCUACCAGGAGGACUACAUGUGGAAGGAGACGUUGUAG